ACGGCAAAAUAAAUUUAACUGGUAACAAUUUCCUGGAAGGUUUAUUAUUUUUCUCCAUCUUCAUCUGAUGUAUGUUCUAAUUACUAUCAGUUAAUCAUGGUCUAGAUUGAGUUUGAGAAGAACAAAUUAUUUUGGAGAGAAUGAGAAAACGUAGGCUUUGGGACAUUUACGCAAAGAUAGUUCGUUAUUCUUCUGCCACACGUGCGUGCGUAAAGUGGAAGCCUGAGCGCGCACACAGGCGGAACAUCACUGCGGGAACAGCUGUUACCAGACGGGCUAUUCGGAGUAGGAGUGAGGGCUAUGGACGGUUCAUCAACUGAUUUAUCCCCUUUCACAGGAACCUUUUUUUGAUCAGCAUCCAGAGUGGUCCACUUUGGUCUCAUCUACGAGUUCUAAAUGAAUUCCGACUGAAAAUGAGAAAUUCAGACAACUGUAUAAUUUCUUUUUUUUGUUUUCGGAACAUGAAUUAGAGCUAAUAAGGAUUCAUUAUCAUUGAUGGUUCCGUCGAAUAUGGCUCAUCUCUUGGUCCAGUAAGAGAAUCUCACAGCGUCAGACGCGUCUGAAAACCAGUGGAGAGACUGGAAAACUCGCGCCGCACAGGAGCCGGUCUCGCCCUCUCUUCAAAUCGGAGCUGUACCAGGAAUAAACGAACGCCAUGGUAAACUCGUUCAUACUGCUGCUCAGCUGGACAGUGAUCUCCGGGGUUGCGAGAGCUCAGAAUGAUACGGAGCCGAUCGUCCUGGAGGGCAAAUGCCUGGUGGUAUGCGACUCCAACCCGGCCACAGACUGGAGGUCCUCAUCCUCUCCACUCGGCAUCUCCGUGCGCGCCGCCAACUCCAAGGUGGCUUUUUCUGCAGUCCGGAGCAACAAUCAUGAGCCGUCAGAAAUGAGCAACAAAACAAGAAUAAUCUACUUCGAUCAGGUGCUUGUGAAUAUAGGAAACUACUUCACAUUUGAGUCUGUGUUUCUUUCCCCAAGAAAAGGAGUCUACAGUUUUAACUUCCACGUGAUUAAAGUGUACCAGAGCCAAACUAUACAGGUGAACUUGAUGCUAAACGGAAAACCGGUCAUAUCUGCCUUCGCAGGCGACAAAGAUGUGACUCGUGAAGCUGCCACCAAUGGAGUUCUACUUUAUCUUGAAAAGGAGGACAAAGUUUACCUGAAGCUGGAAAAAGGAAACCUAGUGGGUGGAUGGCAAUAUUCAACGUUCUCUGGCUUUCUCGUUUUCCCUCUGUAAAAAGAAAAAAUAAAACAAGAAAAAGAAAGACAA